AUGGGAGUUUUUGGAAACAGUCUGGUCCUGGUGGUCAAAGUCAUGGUAUGGGGGCCCAGGGGGGCAUGUCAUCAUUAAGAGUCACAUAUCACAUAAGAGUCACAUGUUCAUUCUUCCUCCCUGAUGUUUUAUUUCAGUGUCAAGGUCAGUUCUGCUGUCGGUACUGGCUGCCUCUUAUCAGUCUCACCCUGUCUGACUUUGGUAAAUAUUCAGUAAAUAUAAUUACUCAUUACAUUUUAAAUGAAUACACAGUUGUAUUUUUAUCAAUUACACAUCCUUAUUUUUAUAAACAACAUAGAUAUAGUUUUAUUCAUUACACAUUAAUAUCUUGAUGUUUAAUAAGUGACUCAAUAUUUUUAUUUCUCAAAAUUUUAUGAAUAACAAAUUUCUAUUUUGUAAAUUAAAUUUUAGUUUUUUGACUAAUAACAAAUCUAUUUGAUAAACAAUCACGCAUUCUUAUAAUUAAUGAGUCUUAGGUUAUCAGUUCUUGUUAUUAUAAUCAUAUCAUCCAUUGUGAUUAACCUAUAACUAAUCACCAUGGUAACACCUUUUGAUAAGCACUGUGACAUGUUUCUUUCCUCAUCAAUUAACUGAUUUAUCAACAUCCUAAUUUAUCUGUUAACCAUGUUUUGUAUGCUGUAAUCCUCUCGUGGUGAAGGUUGCUCCUUCCUCAUCAUAUCUGGGUCCUUCUUUGCCAUGCUGACAGGAGGCCAAAGGUCACCGUGGUGUGAGGUCGUCAGCCUGCUGAAGUUUGCCUUCAUCUCUUCUUCUAUAGGGAGCAUUGGUGCCCUCCUCUUUCUCAUCAUAUCAGCUGAUUUAUGCUCUGAUGGUAACUCUGUAUCUGUCAGUGUGUCAGCAAGACAUCUUCCCAUAAUUCCUGUUGUGUUUUUGUCCUAUUUAGCCGUCCUCUGUGUGCAGCGGCUGAUUGGCCCCACCUCCACAGAAAGGGCUCUGUUUAGUGUCAUGGUGACAGCAUGUUUAGCAUCGUGGGUAACAGGUGUGGUAUUUGGCAUCAUACCUGUGGUCUACACCUGGAUCAGGUACUUAGUUAAGUCUUUGUUUUCAAACUGACUCCCUGCGUCCUCAUCUCUGAUCAUUCAAUUUGUCCUUUUUUAAUUACCAUGCAUGCGUCCUCAUCUAUUUACUGUCUCACCUUGAAACUGUCCUUAUGUCCUCAUUGUAUUGUCCCCUGUCCCCUUAGGUAUGACCCUGCAGAGAUGUUGUGUGCAGUUUUCUGGGAGAACAGUUACUCUGACAUGUUGGUCUACAUCCUGUGUGCGUUCUCAGUCUGUGUCUUCAUCCCCUUCAUCUUCAUCUUCAUCUGCUCUCUGCUGAGUGCCUGUGGCUGUGGACACUCCUGCUGCAGGUAGACAGCACCUGAUUGGCAUUAUUAAACCUGCUGCAAGAUUUCUGAUUGUCUUGAAACUCUUGAAUGUAUAGAUGGGUUUACCUGCAGAUGAACAAUCAUCUAAAUCAUCUCACCUUGUUAGAAAUACACUAACUGUACGUCCCGCAUUACCUGUGAAAUCAUCUAGGUACAUGUGUGUCUCUUCCUGUCCUGUUACCCUGUCUUUCAGUGAUGAAGAGUCCGACCUUUCUGAUGUCACUCCUCUGCUAGUGGCGUCAUACGUCUUCUGUUACACGCCGUUUGUCGUUUCUGAGGUGACACAUGCUGACAUCACAUGACCUGUCUACAUCCUCACACUCUGUCUUUCUCUCUCUCGCUUUCUCUUUUGAGGAAAUAAAUUUCUGUUCCCAUCUGUACUGUUCCUCAGUCAGCACUGUCUCUCUGAGUCCCCUCUAAGCUCUCUUUGUGAUAUACAUCAGUUUCUACAGUCAGUCUAUGAGUCUCUGAGACUCUAUUUAGUCUGGAUCUGUCUUCUUCUAGGUUGUUUUAUCACAGUUGAAUAUUCAGGUCAUUGAAAUUCUCUGUUCAGUUCAUAAUAUUGCCCUGAUCUAUGUAUAGAUUGUAUUUCUAACUUCCACUAAUUCACAUAUUUCUGUGUAUUGUCCAUCUAGUUUUUUAACCUGUGAACUGAGAAUUGUUUUCAUUACGCUGACAUGUCAGUUGUAUUACCUCAUCAGAGGUAUUUUUAUCCUUAAUCAGAUGGUCCAAAAUGCUCAGUGAUAAUGACUCUGAGGACAUUUUUACAAAACUUCAGGUGUAAUUUUUCCACUAGGUUUGAGUCCCAUCACUCUUUAUUUAAUUAUGGGCCCCAAAUAAAAAGGAAUGACUCUCUCUUCCACACCGUCUCUCUCCCCAUCAGCUGAUCCUGCUGGGCCGGUUGGAUCUGUCGCCGGCGCCUGAUUGGCUGAGGACAUUAUCAUCAGUCAUGUCAUACCUGGACUGUGGUCUGAACCCUUUGAUCUACUGCUCUAAUCAGGACUUCAGGGAGGCCGGCCUCGCUCUGUUGUGGACCAGUAGGAAGCUGGCAUCGGAGCCAGUGCUGACUGCCAUCACCAAACACGAGCUGUGAAUUUAAAUGUGACUGACCUGUAAGCACCUGUACUAACACAAUAAACAUACCUGUAAAACUUUGAGAACGCAACUGUAAACACCUGCACGAACACGAUGAACUCACCUAUAAACACCUGCACUCAUUUGAUGAACUCACCUGUAAAACUGAUAUAUACACAUCUGUAAACACCUGUACUCAUGCACUCUGACACUUUACACCAAUCGGUGAAUAUGUGAGUGUCUACAUGUCUUUGAGUGUGUUGACAUGCAGACAAGUCAUGUGGUGUGUGGUCUUUAUCAGUCUUUUUUCCUUCAUCAGGGUAAAUGUUGAUCAGAAAAUGUUUCAGUUUGUAAGAAUAAAAUUUGCUAAAACAUUUAAAUAGUGUACUCUUGGUUUGCUGUAGUUCUCAUAUUGGCCACUAGAGGCUAAAGUGAGUCACUGCAACAUGAUAUGGUCCCAGGGUUACUGUCAGCGUCUACCUAAAGCAUUAUUACCUUGAACAUUUACAGCCCUAUGAAAAUCAGGAGGGUUAUAAGGCUGACCUUCAUAAUAUGUCAGGGUUAGGGCCUGUGUCCAUCAACACUGUUUUUAAUUCUGUCAGGGCCUAUAUACAAAACAAACUAUUGUUUAAAAAGCUCAGUUUCCUCACAUUAAAAAAGUAUUAGCCUUCUACCUACUAUCAUUACACCUUAAGAUUAGAGUAUGAUAAACACUUUUCAAAUGUAGUUAAUUUGAUGGCAUGUUAAAACAAUAACAGUAUUUUUUAUUCUAUUUUAUUAUUUUAGUUUUCUGUGUUGUAUUUUUUGUAAGUCUUUCUCACACGUUAAAACAAACAAAAAAAAACUUUUUAAGUAUUUUUCAAAUUCUUUAUAACACAGAGCAUGCAGGACAAACAUUAUCAUCACUGUUAUCUUAAGCGGAUAUUAAUUUUUUUUCUAGUUAUCUAAAUAUUGAGACUAUUUUGGUUUAUUUGUUUGCAUUAGUAAUUUUGGUUACAAAGAACAACAUAAAAGCUGUCACAUCUCGACAUCUAGAGAGUGAAAUCUCUAAUUAAUUUAGCUGUUCAGAAGGUUACAGACUCUAACUGCUCACAUGAAAUCAUAGAGUAUCCUUCGGGGAUCAUUAAAGUUCUUCUUCUUCAAGGGCUAGUCUUCUCUCUCCUCUCUACAGAUGCACUUUUAAACAUGCAUGUUGUAUUUCUGGGUUGUUUGAUAUCUAAUAAUUUGUGUCAUUGUUUAUAUUCAUUUAACAUACAGAAAGUGCUGAUGUUUAAUUUUAUUUAUGUUAAAUAAAUUUAAGAAAAUCUGUGGGAUUCCAGCAGGACAUGUACGCAUCAUAGUCUCUCUCUCUGUCAGUCAGCAGGUAAAGCUGAUUAUCAUCAAUCAGCUGACUGUAACAGAUUUCUGUUUUUUCUGUCUGGUUAAAUCACAGGUGUCAAACUCAAGGCCCGGGCUGGGGGCCAAAUCCGGCCUGUGGAACAAUUAUAUCAUAUCAUAAGAUCAUAUCAUAAUUGUAGUAUUAUUGGCCCACCAGUAUGAGGUCUGCAGAUUUCCUCCUGUAUAAUAAUGUAAACUUUAGCACCAUUUAAAAGGUCUUUAGCCACAAAAAUCUGGGAAAUUAAAGAGUCAGGAAGAUUUGAUAAAUAGUCAAGAAUGUAGGGGGAAAAUAUUUGGUGUUUUAAUUUAUGUUUUCAAUUUUGCAUUUCAAGAUUAUAAGUCAAAAAUGAUUGGAUUUUUUUAUUUCAUGCUUUGAUUUGUUCAACUCAGUAUUUAGACCUGUGUCAUUUCUAUACUUUAGAUUCCAGUUCUAAAUUUUAUGUCAUAUUCUGAGCUUUUAAACCUGAUUUCAAUGUUCUCCUCACGUAUUUUAUCUCAGAUUGCCUUUAAACUUAUCUAUUUUUCUUUUUUGAAUUUCCAAAUGAUUUAUAAUCAUUGCUAUUUUUGUUCCAUAUUUUUUUGAAAAGGAGGUUAACAAUUUUGGUGAAAUGUUGACCCUGUUUGGCCCUCAGGUUAGACCUAAAUCCAGAUUUUGACCCUUGCUGUGGUUGAGUUUGACACCUCUGCGGUUAAAUAAGAAAACAGACUACUUGGAGGUGCACAUGAACCCUGUUGUUACUCUAUCAGUCCGCUGGGGGGCGCUCGUGUCUCCUCUCUGAAAGUUAGUCCCUCACUUUUACCACAUCCUGUGAUCCCGCUCAUGCUCGCUCUCUGCCUGUCUACCUGGAGUUUCUCGGGUUAAAGGGGUUAAAACUGUGUGUUUCUCACUCUCUCCUCAUGUCCCUCCUCAGGAUGUCCGCCCGCGGGUCCUGGCUGCUCCUCUGCGGCCUGAUGAGCUCUGUUUGUGGGAAGAAAGUGGUGGAAAGCGGCUCCGGAUCCGGGAUGAUCCAGGAGCUCCGGGGUGCCUUCAACGAGUUGGUCGGGGAGGGAAGAGCUUACCUGGGAAGAGUGGCCGGAGAGCAGACGGUGCUGUCGGUGCAGAAGGUAAGAAAUGUUGCCAUGGAAAGGUUUUUAUGAAGUUUUAGCGCUCUGGGGGAGUAGGGAGGAGAAUAUCUGGAGAUUUAUUUUCUUUUUACAGUGUGUAAAGUGAAAUAAAAGUCAACAAAGAUGUAGUCAGUUAAUACAAGCCAAAUACUCUCACAGACUUUAAAUAAGACAAAGUUACUUCAAUGAGGUAAGACUGACCAGGUGUGCAUUAGUGAACAGAAAGUGAGCACAUCAGUGGUCUACGUCACUUCCUGUUUCCAUUCAUAAGUAAAAGCUCGGGUGUGUCCUCAUUAUGUAGCAGCUGUGGGUUUGAACACAGAAUAGCCUCUUUUCAAACUUUGACCACGUUUUUACACAUGCAGGGCUUAACUGACAGACAGGCUUGAGACUUUACAGUCUGCUUUGAACCUCUUCACACAGAUUUCAGUUCAAAGAUUUUUUAAAAGUUUCAGAGUGUGUCAGCCAGACUGCACAGAAAGACCAAACCUCAUUCAUCAUGAAAAUGGCGAUUUAAAGGGAUAUUCCGGUGUAAAAUUAAUUUAGGGUCAAACACAAUGCAACACUGAGUCAGACACCCCGUCGAGAGAUGAAUGUUGUGGACCGCUUGCUUCUCUAGUUAUACCAACUUUAGUAACAACCGCAUGAAAGCAAUACACAGCGGUCUGAGGAGCCACACAAACUUUAACCAAAAAGCCACUCUAUAACCACAAAUAAUGUUCAGAACAGCACCUAACUUCAUCAACAGUACAUAUAGGGUCCUAGCCAUAGCCACCAAACAUUUUCUUAGCUUUGCCUAAUUUCUUUAGGAAAGAGACUAAACACAACUCACCUACUCUCUUCCAGUAGCUGCUUGUUUGUAUCAGGGCCGAUCAGUUACAGACUACAGCGCGGCGACGCAGCUCAAGGAUGAACAUUUAUGAUGAUCUGUAUCAUUUCCUUAAAGUAAUAAUCACCAUAUUUAUCAUUUUGCACUGCAGACUCGGUAGUUGCUCUGCCUUAGCCUCUUGGUCAGAUUGCAUUUCCAUGAAGAAAUGAUCUUAAAGCGGCUUGCCAAAUAAAUUAGGCAAAGCUAAGAAUAGUUUGGUGGCUAGUGCUGUGGCUAGGAUCCUAUAUGUACUUUUGAUGAAGUUAGGUGCUGUUCUGAGCUUUAUUUGCUGCUACAAGUGGCUUUUUGGUUGAGGUGUGCGUGUGGCUCCUUAGACCGCUGUGUAUUGCUAUCUUGCGGUCAUUACUACAAUUGGUUUAACUAGAGAAGCAAGCAGUCGACAACAUUCAUCUCUCAACGGGGUGUCUGACUCAGUGUUACAGUUUGUUUGACCCUAAAUUAAUUUUACACCGGAAUAUUCCUUUAACCUCUGUGAACUCAGGAGGACCUGCUCCUCUUACAGUUGGUGUGUUUGUCUUAUUUAAAGUUUCUCAUCAUUUAAACACCAAACACAGAAUAAACUGGAGCAGGUUGUGGUGGAUGUUUCGCUUUGUUAUUUAAUCCGUUGUCUGGUGUGUCUCUAGAGUCUGAUGCAGAAAUCCUGUCUGUCAGACUCUAAGAUUAACAACCUGAGCCCGUCAGGGACAAAUACUACAAUUUAUGGAGGAUCAGUUUAGGAUUAUUAUGCAUACAUUACAGUCAGAGUUGCUUUGUUCUUGUUUAUCAGUUUGUUUAAACAUGUAAGAAAUCAGACAAACUCUUACUUUAGUUUAACAAAGCUAAGAAAUCAAGCAGAGACCAACCAGAGAAGGAUCAGGAGCCCUCAGUGAGGACAGAUAUGACAACUUCCUCAGGCUGAGGAUACACCUGGAUCAGUGUCACCUGUCCAUCACCUGUCUGUCAGUCACCUGUCUGUCUGUCUCUCUCUGGCCUCCAGGCGUUCUCUCAGGUUAUUGGUGUGGUUGCAGGAAGUGUAGCUGGUGCUGUGAACGUUCUCCUGAAGUACGUGUCACAACUCCUGCAUACAGCUGGAGUCCAUGGUAAAAACACACUCGCACACAAUAACACAUAAACACAACCCAUCUUUGUUUAUUACACACUGACCUGUGUAUUCUCUCUGUCUGGGUCUGGCCAGUAAAUGUCCCCAUAGACAAAGUCACUCCUGACGGUCUGAUUUUCGUGGCUUAUUGGGUUCUCCUUGCUGUGAUUGGCUACUGGCUGCUGUCCCUUGCCCUUCGAUUGGUUGCUUCCACUCUGAGACGGACUCUGUGGCUGCUGAAAGUGGGCAUGGCCCUGGUUUGUUUUGGAUUCAUCCUGAGCGACCAUGAGGCAAGCUCAGAGACCACUGCCAUCAGACUGGCCGUGCUGGUGUUUGUCUGCGUGAUAUUGGGUGUUGGAAGGGGGCGGGGCUUAGAUGCGGCUGAUAAAACGGCUCACCUGGAGGAGCAGGUGAGGGUCCUGGAGAGAAGGCUGAGAGAGAUGGAGAGGUGGAGGAGGACCGAGGAGUGA